AUGGAUCAUCGAGUUAUAUCUCCUAUUGAAAUGUAUUCUGUUGCACGACACAAUAAUAAUUUUUAUAAAAGUGUUGUAUUUUAUCUUCGAUUUGAAACAUUAAGAUUUUCUCUUUCUCACUGGAAAUCUGCGAUUGAAACAUGUUUACGUUUAACAAUAAAUGCUCAACCCCGAUUACGUUUACAAGUUGAUCUUUCAAGAAAAGAACCUUUUUUUAUUAUAUUACCAAUGAAUAUAUUUGAUUAUUUACCUAUUCAAUUUAUUCAAAGACCUAAUCAUCAUGAUUAUGAUGAUGAUCAACAAGAGACUUUUUUAGAUCAAAUUAUUGAAAAUGAAACAAAUAUUAAUUUUAACUAUAAUCAAUAUUCACCUUUAUGGCAUUUAGUUAUUCUUUUUUCAGACAAUAGUAAAACAUUUGAUAUAAUAAUAACAUUGGAUCAUGCAAUAGGUGAUGGUGUAUCAGGAAUGGCUUUUUUUACAAGUUUUAUUGAAUGUCUAUCAGAUAAACCAAUUUUUUAUUUUUCAUUAAAUGAUGAUCGACCAUUACAUGAAAUAAUUCCAUAUAAAUUACCUUGUUUUUCUUCACUUGUAUUAAAAAUAAUUGAAAAAAUUCUUUUACCUAAUUAUAUUAGUAAAUAUUUAUUUCCUAAAACAUAUUGGACAGGUUCUAUUCAAAUAGCAAAUAAUAAAUUACCUAAAACACAUUUAGUUUCAUUUAAAUUAUCAAAUACAAUUAUGGAUUUAUUACAUAAAAAGUGUCAAUUAGAAAAAACAACAAUUCAUACAGCAAUAUUAUCUUCACUUUUAUUAGCAAUAACAGAAAUAAUGGAUAAAAAAAAUAUUGAAUUUUCUUGUAGUACAGCUGUUAAUCUUCGUCGAUUUUGUCAACCAAUAAUAUCAAAUAAACAAAUGGGAGUUUUUAUUUCAACUGCAAAUAGUUAUCAUUAUAUUCCAUAUAGAGAUAAUUUAAUAGAUUUAUUUUGGUCAUUAGCUCGUCAAAUAAAAGAACAAAUAAAUCAAGAAAUCGAAUAUUCUGUAUUAUCAUUAAUUCAUGCAUUAAAAUUUAUAUCCAAUUGGGAUCAAUUUUUAAUUGAUCAACGAAAAACUUUACCUAAUGGAUUUCAACAUAGUGUUGAUAUAUCAAAUAUACUUCGUUGGUCAUUUAAAACUACUAAUCCAUCAUGGAAAAUACUUCAUGGUGGUUUUACACAAUCAGCUAAUGUUGUAGGAAGUGUUUUUCUUCUUAGUUUAGUUACUGUUAAUGACAUUUUAAAAGUUUAUAUUUCUUUUCAUCAACAUUCUAUUAGAAAUAUUCAACAAGUACAUUUUAUGAAAGAUAGAAUGAAACAGAUUUUAAUUGACGCUAUUUAUUUAUAA